AUGCCUGAAGCAGUGGAGCGAGACGCAUCAAUACUGAAACAAGCAUUGAGAGGAGCCGUGACAGAUCACAAAGCAGUCGCUGAGAUUAUAUGUACACGAUCUGGCUCUCAGCUUCGUCAGAUCAAACAGGUUUACUUAAACACUUUUGGUGCCAGGCUCGAACAAGACGUUGAAUCUGAAGCUUCAGGCAAUCACAAAAGA